AUGAGUUCAUCCAGCGCGGAUGGCUCCUACGAGCUCUACAACUACAAUCCCUCCGUCGCUGCCGCCGCCAUUUUCGUUCUCCUCUUCAUUGCCGUAACCGCCUGCCAUGUCUACCAAUUGGCCCAGGCGCACGCCUGGUAUUUCACCUGCUUCGUUCUGGGCGGAAUAUUCGAAGCAAUCGGCUACAUUGCGCGCGCCGGAGCACACAACAAUACAAGCAACCUCUCCAUCUUCACCAUCCAGACGCUGUUCAUUCUCCUCGCACCCCCUCUCUACGCAGCAACUUUAUACAUGACUCUGGGCCGAUUAAUCUUCUACCUCGACAAAGAAGAGCUCAGCUCCGUGCCAACACGCUGGCUCACGGUGAUCUUUGUUGCAGGGGAUAUCAUAUCCUUUCUAAUUCAAGGAGCAGCAAAAGGCGGCGCGAUCCUUACUCACACAACCACCGACCCCUCCGCCCUCACGACCGGCCAAAACGUCAUCAUCGCCGGCCUAGUCAUUCAACUGAUCUUCUUUACCGUCUUCGUCCUCGUCGCCACCGCCUUCCACUAUCGCAUCCACCGCAGUCCUUCCUCGAAAUCCAUCUCCUCAUGCAUCGCUACCGACGGCUGGUUCCACGCUACCUGGGAGACCACCCUGCUCGCCCUCUACUUCGCCAGCGCGAUGAUCCUGGUGCGCUCGGUGUACCGGCUGGUGGAGUACGCAAGUGCCGGGACCAAUGGUAGCGAUGGGUAUUUAGGGCGACAUGAGGUGUUUGCGUACGUGUUUGAUGCGCUGCCCAUGCUGCUGGGAAUGGUGGUGAUGGCGGUGUGGCAUCCCUCGCGGGUGUUGCUGUUGAACCGCAAGGUGUAUCAGAUGGAUAUGGCGUUCAAUGAGGAGGGGAAUGAUGUGCAGAUGAGUAAGAUAUAUCUGGGCUGAGUGGGUAGUGUUGAAUCCCUGGUAGGUGGGUGUGUAGUAUAUGUCGUGAAUGAUUUCUGCUGGAGAGAUGGUCCUGUAUAGUGGUUCUGUGUCAUAUAAUUCUCGGGAUAGGUAUAGUGGACUCAUAUCUCGGCCUCAAAUCUGUGCCGCU